ACUCCCUCUGCAGAACCCCGAACAACAGAGGAAAUGUGCUAUAAUUUGGCGCACGGCAGAACAAGGUCGGUGGUGGAGGGCACCAUCGGACUGCUGAAGGGCAGUAGGCGUUGCCUUGCUGCAUCAGGUGGAAAGCUCCUCUACAAGCCAGAGAAGGUGACACGCAUAAUACUGGCAUGUGGUCUGCUCCACAACAUAGCCCUGAGGCAUGGUAUUGAAAUGGAUGCAGAGAUUAGAAUGGACCCCCAAGAGCCUCCUAAACCACCACCAAAUGGAGCACCUGCCCCGGCUGAUGCAGUGAGGAGGAGGCGGCAGCUCAUGCUGAGAUUGGUGGACUGAGGCGGUCAACAUGUGGAUGCAGACGUGGAUGGACCCUCGACACCUGUGGCCAAACCUUGCCCCUCACUCCUGGCACCUGCUGAUUUGGGAACCCUCCCUGGGUGGAGGGGGCACACUCACCCAGCGCACGGGCUGCAACAAAGCUUCCUCGUUUCUAUGUGAAUAAAAUACAUCCGCGCAUGUCUUGUAUAUUAAGUUACUGACAACCAAGUUUCACAUCCUCUUAAUUACUUACCGUGAUGCAGUCCUGGGGGUUUCGCGCCAACUUCACCGUUUCCAAUGUUACUGCUAAACAAUGUAAAAGUUGGGAUUAAACCACAUGAAAAAUAGAAUAAACUCACCUUUUUUUAAACGUUCACUGUCGCCGUUGGAGCAUGUGCUAGUGUAUGUGCUGGUCCAUUAGGGAGGUCUCCGGGCCCCCCUCCUGUUGCCUUAAUGUUGAGGUUAUGUAUGGCUAUUAUUUUUUCCCUUGCAGUUUAAGGUCAGACCAUUUCUUUUUCACAUCAGACACAGUUCUGUCUUGCUGCCCCACCUCGUUCACUGCAGCUGCGACACACUCCCAAGCUACCUGUUUGGCUUUGUUUGUCAAUCCACUAUUUAGUCCACCGACUA